AAAUCAGAACCGUGAAAGUUAGUUUUCUCUUACAUCCAGUUCAAAAUACGGCAGAUAUGAGACGUCUGUAAACAUAGUGUGGAUAGCGGAACAACCCUACUGGUGGGAUAUACUCGAUAUCGAUCCUUACUGAUCCACAAAUGACAAACAGGAUACCCAAUUGAUGAGGCCCAAGGAACGGACGAGAGAGGACUAGCUGGCCACCUCCGCCCCCCCCGCAGACCUUCCUGUCUCACCGCAGGCCGAUAAAAAAAUAGAGCGAGAGCAGAGCGACGCCAUUAGCGUCCGGCUCUUUUUGCGCCACUGUUUCCUGCUUGUGUUGGUCCCCGGGAGCGUUUCAAAACUGUUUCUCCAACGCUUUUUCCAGAAACUCAGACUGUUUUCCAGAGCAGAAGCAGCAGCUCAGCCCUCCCCGACAGAGGUGAUGGGAAGCUCGCGGCCCAACCGCUACAGUAUUGUGUCAUCCGAAGAAGACGGCAUGAAAUUGGCCACCAUGGCCGUGCCCAAUGGCUACGGCAACGGCAAGAGCAAAGUGCACACGCGCCACCCGGCGCACAGCCGCUUCGUCAAGAAGGACGGCCACUGCAAUGUGCAAUUCGUCAACGUUAGCGAGAAGGGUCAGCGCUACCUGGCCGACAUCUUCACCACCUGUGUGGACAUCCGCUGGCGCUGGAUGUUCGUCAUCUUCUGCAUGGCUUUCCUCCUGUCCUGGCUCUUCUUCGGCUGCAUCUUCUGGCUGGUGGCCAUCCUGCAUGGCGACCUGGACAACGGCAGCGGUCAACUAAGCGGCCAGCGGUGCGUGUCCAACGUCAGCACCUUCACAGCGGCGUUCCUCUUCUCCAUCGAGACGCAGACCACCAUCGGGUACGGGUACCGCUACGUCACGGACGAGUGCCCAGUCGCUGUCUUCAUGGUGGUCUUCCAGAGCAUCGUGGGCUGCAUCAUCGACGCCUUCAUCAUCGGCGCGGUCAUGGCCAAGAUGGCCAAGCCCAAGAAGCGCAAUGAGACGCUGGUGUUCAGCCACAACGCUACGGUGGCCAUGAGGGACAACAAGCUGUGUCUGAUGUGGCGUGUGGGCAACCUGCGCAAGAGCCACCUGGUGGAGGCUCAUGUCCGUGCCCAGCUCCUCAAGUCCCGCACCACGGCCGAGGGCGAGUUCAUUCCCCUCGACCAGAUGGACAUUGAUGUGGGCUUCGACAGCGGCGUUGACCGCAUCUUCCUCGUCUCCCCCAUCACCAUCGUCCAUGAGAUCGACGAGGACAGCCCGUUCUACGACAUGAGCAAGCAGGAGCUGGAGACGUCCGAGUUUGAGAUCGUGGUCAUCCUGGAGGGCAUGGUGGAGGCCACGGCCAUGACCACCCAGUGCCGCAGCUCCUACCUGGCCAGCGAGAUCCUGUGGGGCCACCGCUUCGAGCCCGUCCUCUUCGAGGAGAAGAACUACUACAAGGUGGACUACUCGCGCUUUCACAAGACCUACGAGGUGCCCAGCACCCCUCUGUGUAGCGCGCGGGACUUGGCAGAGAAAAAAUACAUCCUGUCCAACUCCAACUCCUUCUGCUACGAGAACGAGGUGGCCCUGCUGAACAAAGAAGAGAAGGAGGAGGCGAACAUGGGUGGGGUGGGAUUGGAGGGCACCCACACGGAUACGAUUUCGCUGAACAUUACAGAGUCGGAGCACAACCAGGCCACUCUGCCUCUCGAACCGCGGCCACUGCGGCGAGAAUCUGAAAUAUGACUUUUCCCAGACCUCCUGAUGAAGGUUUUUUUUUAAGCAGUCACCCUUUGUUCAAAAAGGCACAAUGAGAGCUGAAUAUAGGGCCCUUCAGGGGGGUGGAGAGAUCCAAGCUGACGGUACUGCUGUGAUAAAGGUUUUUUUGAGAAGGAGCUAUCUGUCAUAAGAGGGUUCACAGGAAAACGCAUGGCAAAACAAAAUACAGCACAGAGACAUGGCACCAUGACAGAAGAGCAUGCAAACGAGCAAAAGCAGUUAUAAAAAAAUCUGUAAAACUACUUUUGUUUAGACAGUUGAUUCUGUGUCACAGAUAGUGGUAGAGGUGAGAGAUGGCUAGCAAAACUUGAAAAAAAAACAACAACACUCACACAAGCAUGUCAUCUUGUUAAUCUGACCAGCAACAACCAGAACAAUGUCAAUUAAGAUAAGCAUUUUAUGAUCACUUCAUUCAAUUUGUUGUCUUUCAGUGUCACUGUGGAGAAAAAAAGGUAAUUUUACAGAGGGAACAAUUUACUGAAUCACACUGAGCUGAAGCAUCCACUGUGGUCAGCAGGCACUGGGGCAUAUUUUGAAUGUUUCAUACUGUUUGCUGAAACCACAGAGUUUUAUCAUUAUUAUUAUUAUUUUUUACGUAGCAUGUUUGCACAUUUAUUGACCCCUAGACAGAGCUCUGACAUAUAAUUAAUUAUUAUAUAAACGCUGCAAUUCAGUUCUAUGAAUCAGCGUUCUAUUUCACAGAAGGUGGAAGAUUCUUCUCCAUAUUUUCCAGGGAAAGUGCAAAUGACUAAGCCCCUGGGCUUCAGAUAUGCAAUUGUUUUGUUUGUCGUGUUGGGGGCAAUAGGGAUACUGGAAAAGACACAAUUGUUUGGAAAACACACAGGCAAUUUUAUCCUUUUCUUUUUAUUAGAACCAGUUUCCUAGCAGAGCCUAUAUUGCCAAGUGGAACAAACAUUACACCUGAAAAACAGGAAAUACAAGGAAAACAAUCAUGUGUCUGCAAGUACUAUCGAAGAUCAUCAGUUUUUAAAACUGAAAAAGGUUGCAUAAAUGUGUUGUUCUUAUAAUGGGCUGGUCUCAUUAAGGACUGAAAUAUAUGAAAAAGGUGGGACAAGGUUUUCUGGUUUAUCCCGUAAACCUGUACAUUAUUUAAUGUAGCAAGACACUGCACACGCUUCCAAGCAUGUGCACACAAAAUACCUUAAACACAUAUGUUAGUAUCAACUCUAAACAGAAAGAUGGGAUGCCAGUUUCUGAGCUUGAGAUAGCCACUGUAUCCCUGCCUAAGAGUCUUCACACAUGACCAAUGGUCAAAUUAUGAACAAUAUGUCUGAAAAUAUAAUCAUUCAUGGAGGUAUGAUGAUCUCGGUUAUUUUGUUCGACAUCCGUAGAUAUUUAGAUUCAAUAUGGUGAUAUUGGUUAUUGCUGGUCAAAUAGACAGAGACAUACCUGUUGAAGAUAAUGCAUCAGACAGGGUCAUAAGUUAAGAGUGAACGAAGCACAGAUAACAACAAACCCAAUAGGGUAAAAAAGAGACAAAAAAAAAAAAUGUGUGAAAGAAUGUUUUAUAAAAAGUGCUGCUAUGUUGCAUAUUGUGGGUUUUAAUAUAGAAGACUGAAGCCAAAGAGUAUUACUUUUCUUUCUCGUAAUAAUGCAUCCAACUGUUAUACAGGUAGAAGUAGACAUCUUAAGUCCAGAAAAAUACAACUUAUUUCCAAAUGGAAAGAUUUUAAAAGAAUGUCUAAUACAUGUAUGCAUUCUAAUAUUUUCAUAUCAAGCCAAAUGUAUAUAGGAUUAAAAUAAUCAGUGAAAGUGUAGAAGGCUACAGGUUAGCUCUCCUUCCCUUUCAGUGAAAAAAUGACAACAACUGAUAAUCACAUGUUGCUCCCUGUUGCAGUGUUACAUCGUACUUUAUGCUGACAGAAGUGUUCAUGGUUAAGCACUCCAGAAACACUGUUUUGUGUCUCUUUAACUUAUAAAGACUGCAUAGUUGGCAAGUGUUACACAGCGAAAUUAUAUCUGGUUAGCAAAUUGGGAAUGAUUGGGAGGGGUUUUGAGCAUAAACACCAAAAAAUACUUGUAGACUUUUUUUUAUGAGAAUUUUUUUUCCAAAUAACUAAUAUUCUUUCACUCACAUUUCCACAGCCUGCUGAAGUUCAUGAGAGUUCAUGGAGUUCGAAUAUUACAAUCUGAAUGGCCUUAGUUUCAAGCAAUAUAACAAACAAACUAAUUGACUGUGUGUAGAAGAAGAAAUAGUUUGGAUUUUAUUCAUUACCUGCCUGGACAAUCAGACAGCUUACCUCAGGGCUAAACCUGAAACGUGAAAAGCAUCUCCCCCCAAGAUAUCAUGUAUAUAUUGUGUCAUAUCAUGUCAAAGGCAUCCCCUAUAGCUUUAUUUUACAUCAGAGCAUACCCUCUCCAUAGCUCUUUAAAUUGUGGAGAUGACAAAUAAAUUAAUUAAAUUAAUUAAUCAGUUGGUGGACGACAUUUGCAAUCUGAAUUUCAAGGCCUUCAAAAACCAGGUUCUGUUUGAUAUGCGGACAACCGCAAAGAAUUUUAUAUGCAUACAAGAUGGUAGCCAGAAGCAUUAUAGCCUAGACUGAUGACUGAUUUUUCAUUUGUAGAAGUGCCCCGUUUUAACACGACCCUUAUCCCCUUUGUUGUAAAUAUCUUUGUCUUCUUUGCAGUCAUUUUUUUUAUCAGCCUUCCUAUUGUACUGCGAAACAAUGGAAUGUACAGAUUUUUAU